AGGGACAGUAGCCUUGCCUGGCUACUGCAGCACUAGGGUGUCAGUUGGUCCCGCCCAGAACACUUCAUUUCUGCCCUGCAAGGAUAUAUUUAAUAACUGAUUGUUGUGUCCCUUUAAUACAAGAAAAUGGAAACUGAACAGCCAGAGGAAACCUUUCCCAACACCGGAACCAAUGGCGAAUUUGGUAAACGCCCUGCUGAAGAUAUGGAAGAUGAACAAGCUUUUAAAAGAUCUAGAAACACUGAUGAGAGGGUUGAAUUACGCAUUCUGCUUCAGAGCAAGAAUCCUGGGGAAGUGAUUGGAAAAGGAGGCAAGAAUAUUAAGGCUCUCCGUACAGACUACAAUGCCAGUGUUUCAGUCCCAGACAGCACUGGCCCCAAGUGCAUAUUGAGUAUCAGUGCUGAUAUUGAAACAAUUGGAGAAAUUCUGAAGAAAAUCAUCCCUACCUUGGAAGAGGGCCUGCAGUUGCCAUCACCCACUGCAACCAGCCAGCUCCCGCUCGAAUCUGAUGCUGUGUAAUGCUUAAAUUACCAACACUAUAAAGGAAGUGACUUUGACUGCGAAUUGAGACUGUUGAUCCAUCAGAGUCUGGCUGGAGGAAUUAUUGAGGUCAAAGGUGCUAAAAUCAAAGAACUUCGAGAGAACACUCAGACAACAAUCAAGCUUUUCCAGGAAUGUUGUCCUCAUUCCACUGACAGAGUCGUUCUUAUUGGAGGAAAACCUGAUAUGGUUGUAGAGUGCAUAAAGAUCAUCCUUGAUCUUAUAUCAGAGUCUCCCAUCAAAGGACGUGCUCAGCCUUAUGAUCCCAAUUUUUACAAUGAAACCUAUGAUUAUGAUGGUUUUACAAUGAUGUUUGAUGACCGCUGUGGAUGUCCCGUGGGUUUCCCAUGGGGAAAAGGUGGUUUUGACAGAAUACCUCCUGGUCAGUGUGGGCAUCCCAUGCCUCCAUCCAGAAGAGAUGAUGAUGAUAGGAGCCCUCGCCGAGGACCUCCUCCACCUCCUCCUGGACGAGGGGGCCCAGGUGGUGGCAGAGCUCAGAAUCUUCUUCUUCCUCCACCACCACCACCUGGAGAAGGAGAUCUAAUGGCCUAUGACAGAAGAGGGAGACCUGGAGACCGUUAUGAUGGCGUGGUUGGUUUCAGUGCUGAUGAAACCUGGGACUCUGCAGUAGAUACAUGGAGCCCGUCAGAGUGGCAGAUGGCUUAUGAACCACAAGGUGGCUCUGGAUGUGAUUAUUCCUAUGCUGGGGGUCGUGGCUCAUAUGGUGAUCUUGGUGGACCUAUUAUAACUACACAAGUAACUGUUCCCAAAGAUCUGGCUGGAUCUGUUAUUGGCAAAGGUAGUCAGUGGAUUAAACAAACCCAUCAUGAGUCAGGAGCUUCGAUCAAAAUUGAUGAGCCUUUAGAAGCGUCCGAAGAUCAGAUCAUUACCAUUACAGGAACACGGGACCAGAUACAGAAUGCACAGUAUUUGCUGCAGAACAGUGUGAAGCAGUAUUCUGGAAAGUUUUUCUAAGAUUAGUGAAGAACUGAAGGAGUCCUGCAUCUUUUUUUUUAUCUGCUUUUGUUUAAAAAGCCAACAUUCCUCUGCUUCAUAGGUGUUCUGCAUUUGAGGUGUAGUGAAAUCUUUGCUGUUCACCAGAUGUAAUGUUU